CUCCUUUGCUUAAUUGCUUCUCCUUCAUUUAACUCGUGAACUGGCAUAUGAAUCCAAACACGACUCUCUCUCUCUCUCCAAAGCUUCCCUCUUUUUUCUUCUCUUAUUGAUUGCUCAAAACCCAAUGCUCUUUAUUUAAACUCCCACACUUUGCACCAUUAAAACAGAAAAAAAAAAAAUCAGAAAAAAGACUUAUAAGGAAUAAGUGAUGGAGAGAAGGAGGCAGGAAUUGCAUGUGCUUGGUAACCAAAACCAAACAAAGCCUUAAGAGUUCAUUUUUGGGAUGAUGCGUUUUCUCGGAGACAGCAUCAAAAUCCAAAACUGUUAUUUUUUUUUCGUGAUCUCUUACUUUUCUGAACGCCACACAGAUCCAAUGGCAGAGCUGCUACUAAUCACAUGCAUCUCACUACUUUUCCUCAUUCAAUAUCAAAACUGACAAAAAAAGACAAUUGAGAAGGCUAUUCUGUUCAACCCCACAGUUUUCAGUUUCAGUUUUUUGUGUGUUGUUUUGUGAGCGUGUGUGUAACAAACAGUUACAAGUACAGAAGAAACAUUCCCAGUACGCUACCUAGCUAGGCUUAUUCAGUGUUAUAACCAGGAAAAAAAGGACCUUUGCACUUUAAUUUGCUGGUGUUUUUGGAAAUAGCAGCCUGCAUCCGUCAGAGUGGUUUUGUUAUUUGUUAGUGCCAUCACUCUCUAUUAGCCAUUUUGGGUGUUAAUUUUCCUUGUGGGAUCAUUUUGAUUUCACUUAUGCUGCUGAGGAACAGAUCAAGGGCAGUGACAAAGCCAGGUUUGAUGGCUGAUCACGGCACCCAGAAUUCUCCAAAUCAAAACUAUGCUAAAACUAUUCCUUCUCUAUUUGGGUCACCAAAAUUCAGAGAUUUCACCAACAAGUGUCUCUCUUCAGGAACUGAGGCCUUAAGGAGCCCAACUUCAAUUCUUGAUGCCAGAGCAUUAUCCCCUUUUGCCUUUGGAAACCCAUUUUCAACCCUUCCAAACAAAACCUCCUCACCAAACAGAACCUCCUGGGACAAGCCUGAUUCAAAGGGUAUUGGCCUUGCUCUUGUUGGUGCUCUCAAAGAUGAUGAUAACCCAAUUUGUCACAAUUCUGAACCCAAGAAAGGAAAUGUUCUGCUUAGAGUGAGAAUACCAUUUGAGUCUCAAUUUCAAACAUGUGUGGAUGAUUUUGGAAUCGCCAAAACCAAUGGUUCAAAGAACUCAUCAGGGUCAGGAAUUUGUUCAAAGGAUUGUUGUGAUUCUCCAAGAAGUGGUGGCGUUCUGUCUUGGAGUGCGAUGGAGCUUUCUGAGGAAUAUACAUGCGUGAUAUCCCAUGGACCUAUCCCAAAAGCCACACACAUAUUCAACAAUUGCAUUAUGGUGGAGACAUAUUAUUCUCUCCCCCCAAAACAAAACUCUCACUCUGCUGCUACCUCCGGGAAUUUCCUCAGCUUCUGCUACACUUGCAAGAAACAUCUUGACCAGACAAAGGACAUCUUUAUUUAUAGAGGAGAAAAAGCUUUCUGUAGCAGGGAAUGCCGCCACAGAGAAAUGAUGUUAGAUGGAAUAGAAAAUCUUGAGUUUGAAAGCAAUGGUUAUUCUUGACUAGAUCAUCACUUGCGUGCUUUGCAUGCACCGUGGCCGCAAAGUCCUGCAUUUUGAGUAGAGGAUAAUAACCAGAAAAUGCUCAAAGUCAAAUCCAAAUUUUCCAAUUCAUAAUGAUUUUAUUAUAUGACUAGGUAGCAGUAGUAGUAACGAGUUUACUAGUUAGUAUUUCAUUGUAAUCAGUACAAGUUCCUUUUUUCUCUUUCUUUUUUCAUCCCUUUUUGAAGAAGACUUUUGCUUUAUUUCUUUUUUUGCAUCCUCUCCCUUGCAAAUAGAGAUAAGAGAGGAUGUUGUAGAGUUGGUUCUAAGUGUCAGUGGUGACUAAUUUGAUUGCUUCUUCUGGUUUUCACUACCAUUGUUUUCGGGUGAAGCAGACGAUCGAUGAUGUGUGAUUGAAAACAGUGCCUUUCUUCUUUUUCUU